UGUGAUUUCUGCAACGCAAAACGUAAAAGAUUUUUGGUGAGGUGCAUGGCUAUUGUUACAACACAAAAGAACAUUCCAAUUGUUACCUAUGCGAUCUCGAUCUGCUUCUGCACAUGAACAUGAUCACCUUUCCCUUGUAGAUUGGUAUCCCCGCGAUCACACGUUUCGCUGCCAAGCCAUUGCGUCCAACGAGGCAGGACCCAAUUAUGCGAGAAUCCAGAUCGUUGUUUUUUUUUCUGUCGCGGUAAAACACCCACGACGACAGAAGGAAGUUAAGUAGUACCCCACCUCCACCUUCUUGAAAGCCCAGUUUAAUACAUCAAGCUCCCCUACAUAUUUUCAGACGAAAAGUAAAGGAUGUUGGUCGCGCGAACAGCCACCGUGAGCAGUUCAGCCCGUUUGGGCAAUCGUCUCGUUUCUUCCUGCUCAAGGGAACUUCCACGACAAGCGUCCGGGUUGGGUGCAGCUUUAGCAGAGCCAACUACAUUGCGCUGUCAGUUAUACUUUGGCAAAAAUUCUGGUGCUGCCGAGACCUGCAGCAGUGCUUCGAGCAGCAGGCCAUCAACCUCGUUGAACACGAGCAUAUUCACAAAAAAUCCCCGGUCUGGUACAACACAUAGCAGGAGAUCUCUGGCAACCUUGACGGAAGUUGCGUCCUCUCAAGAACAUGAUCAUGCAAGAAGAGCCACUGCAGAAGACGGAAAAUCAAGAACUGCAACGCCUACUACACCUGGUGCUGCAUCAUCGACAUCAAGUAGUUUCAGUUCCUCGACGUCCUCCCAGAGUAGAUCAACAGCCUCCUCCAACACAGCGGCACUGAACAAAAAGCUGGAUGAUCUGUUGGCAGAAGCACGCUAUGAAAUGUAAAAAUGUCUGGGUCUGGGAACUUGUGAUGCUGGGUAGCGUCUCAUGAUGAGGCUACAAAUGCUGGCUCAGCAUGACAAGUUUCUGAGCUUCUAGGUGUUGCCUAUUCUGCAUGACAGACUGCGCUUCUGCAUCACAGAAAAACGCAGCUCUGGGGUAACGUGCGUGACAGAUUUAAGAGUCAUGCCAGACAAGCAUGACAAACAUGAAUUCUUCCAGACCCAGACAUUUUUACAGUUGAUACACGCACACACUUCGUGCAUCAACGUUACGACGAGUGUCUGGAAUCGAACCGAACGGUGAUAAACCUGUACCGCGAAGAGCAUCAAGCUGAGCUGCAGGAGGUAAAGCUACAGGGUGUAGUUGGAAAUGCAACAGGAUCCUCGUCCACCGCUAAAGACGCGACCUGGGAGCGCGCCGCCGCGGCGCACGUCAACAGCGCGUUUGUGUGCAAAAUUUUGUGCAAGUUUGAGGAAGGGAUGGCCCUGGUGCGAGGAGCGUUGCCUCUGUUCGAACAGCACUACAGCGAGUACAAACGGGAAUUCGCUCAGGCGCACGAUUUGCUCGCGGAAUUACUGCUGAACGCGUCACUGCACUACAACAAAGCUGAUCCGCAGUCGAUGUUGGAAGGACAAACCGGUAGUGCUAGUGCUACAGUAGAGGAACCUAGUAGUACUUCUGCGCGCGCAGGAGAUGCUCUGCGCGAGGCGGAGAAGCUCGUCCUCAAGGCUUUGGAGAUCAAAAGCGACUACCUCCCGUCCGAGCAGAACACGCUGGGAAGUCCCGAGCGCGCAACGAGCUACAACCUGCUCGGGCGGUGUUACGAGCUGCAGGGGGACUUGGGAAAGGCGAUGGCAAACUACUGCAAAGCGUUCGAAAGCAGUUACGAUGGCAGAAUGGUAUUGAAUAACGAGCAGGAGAACCAGAAAAACCAGACGAAGCAAAAGCCCCUCAUUCACCCCGUUGCGUGCGCGAGCUUGAGCAACUACGCGUCGUGUUUGCAGGAGCAGGGGAACUACGAGGCAGCGAUGGGUGUGUACGAACGAAUUCUGGAAUUUUUGGAAAUAAAGGCUGCCGCGGGCGGUGAGAAGGAUGUAGUUGCAGCUGAAAUUAGAACAUCAGCUACCUCAGAGCAGGGAGGCGGCACUACUUCUACUACAUCACAACUAAUGAAGCAACAAGAAAAGCAGACGCACAUGGAGGCGGAAACCCACCUUGCCCUGGGUGUGGCGGCUAUGGGUGCGCGCAUGAAGGACAAGAGCGCCUACCACCUGCAGGUGGCGCUUUCCUUGCACACCAACCUGUUUCCCUCCGGGCUCUCCGGCAUGGAAUCCCAGCCAGUGCAAAACAUUUUGUCGCUGCUGAUGCGGCUGAAGCAGGUGGAAAACACGAAGACGGAUUUGGACCAGAAGCAGGAAUGGAUUGAGCAAGGGCACAAGCUUGUAGACGAGCUCUGCCGAAAGCAGCAAGUGACGUACGUGGAGUAUGCGGAGAAAGAACGACGAGGAAAGAACUUGCUGAGUGUCAGCGGGGAAAGCCGGUAUUUCGAUCACGCGGGGCACGUAGGUCACGGACCCAGGGGAGAUUCUGUUCGGCUUCGUGCAGACAAUUACUUCCUGCCGUCGGAAGCAGAAACGGGCAGAUGA